AUGGACCCCUUUAGAAUCAUCAUCGUAGGCGGCGGAAUCGCCGGCCUAGCAGCCGCAAUUGCUCUCCGCGCCGAAGAUCGAGAAAUUACCAUUCUCGAGCAAUCCCCCAUUAACAAAGAAAUCGGCGCCACGAUCUCCCUCCAACCCAAUGCUUCGAAGAUAGUCGAGCAACAAUGGGGUCUCUCCACCCUGCUCCGUGCCCAUGGAUCUAUGGUCGACGAGGCGUUCGAGAUCUACAACACGGAUGGGGAAAUGCAAAUCCACAUUUCGCUGUCGACGAGCGAGAAAUACGGCGCCGAGAGGAUGAUGUAUCAUCGCGCGGAUUUGCACUCUGUGCUCAGGCAUAGAGCCACGGCGGCAGAGUACCCCGGGCGGCCGGUCACCGUGAGGGUUUCGUCGAGAGUGGUGGGAUGUGACUGCCAGGACGGGCGGGUGGAGCUGGAAAACGGGGAAGUGAUGCAGGCUGAUUUAAUUAUCGGAGCUGACGGAAUCAAGAGCUCCCUUCGAAAGGCCGUGCUUGGGGAGGACGUCGAGGCGAAGAGGACAGGGCUAUCCGCAUAUCGAAUGAUGGUUCCGACGGAGGAGCUACAGAAAACCGACUUCGCCGAUGUGAUAGAUCCUUGCAGGGCGUGCACGACCAUGGUGAUGGGAAUGGAUCGUCGGUUGAUUAUGGGUCCGGCGAGAAAUGGCUCCAUCUAUGGCGUCGUGGCCCUUGUCCCGGACGAAAGUAUGCAGGAAUCUUCGAGUAACACGAGUUGGACCACGGCUGGAGACCGGACUAAAAUGCUGGAUACGUUUUCCGGUUUCCCGGAGUGGGCGCAAAGGCCGCUGCAGCUUGCCGGUGAGGUCGGACUAUGGCAGCUGCGUGAUUUGGAUCCCUUGCCUACUUGGUAUCGAGGAAGAGCGUUACUCAUUGGCGAUGCGGCACAUGCGAUGUUGCCGACUCAAGGCCAGGGCGCCAGCCAAGCGAUUGAGGAUGCGGAAGCAGUCGGUGCUUUCUUCGCCGGAUUUGAAGGGAAGAACGACCCGAAGUCGGUUGAUGAGAUUGAAGGGCUCAAUAGAGCCGUCUAUGAAUGUCGGUAUAAACGGGCAACCACCAUCCAGGCUUAUAGUCGACAAGCCGCAAAGCCAGCGACUGAGCCAGGAGAUGCAAGAGUGAAGAUGAGUCCGGCGGAGUUCAUGGACUACAAUUGCUCGUAUGGAGGAGCGAUGGACUGGUCUCAGAGGCAGAAGGCAGAGGUAGUCGCAUAG